AUGGGAGACACCAGUCUUGUGACAGAAGCUGACUUAAUUGAAGUUUUAAAACCUCUCCAGUCAAGAAAACUUAUAGCAGGGUGGAACCCCAAGGGAUCAGGAACAUCAGUGCUCCAGGCUACCCGCUUCAUGGUGGCAGUUGAUGGAAGAGUCAUCAACUCAGACAUAACUUCACUUGUUGCUGCGAUGGCCAUGGUUUUCGCUUCAUUCUAUUUAUUUGGUAUUCACUACCCACCAGAAGCUUCAGUCACACUGGAAUUUAUUCAGAGGUGUUUCUACAAGAUAAAUCCUGAAAAGGGGACAAAAAACACAAGAACAAAAAAGAAAGUGGCACCCGAGGAUUUUGAAAAUCAUCUCCGAAUUCUCCACGUUUGA